AUGAAAACAUAUAUAAUUUGUGAAAAGCGACACAUUAUAUAUGUUUUCGACCCAGAAGAAGGCUUCUUCCCAGAAGCAAUGGAGGAAGAAGAAGAAGAGGAGGAAAUACAAGACUCUAUCCAAGAAGAGUCCUCCGAAUUCACACCAGAAGACUAA